AGGGAUGGGGGACCACCUGGCCUGCUGCACCGGGUUUCUCACUGCUGGCAAGCGAUGCUGGGAAGGGAGGCGGGGAGGCGGCUCCUCCUCCUCCUCCUCCUCCUCCUCUGCUCCCUUCCUCUUCCUUGGGCUUCGGGAAAGGGAAUCCUCCGGGACCGAGAUUCACAGGAGGAGUCAGCAGCACAAGUCAAAAUGCAGAGCACAUCCAUCGAGCCUGGAUCUAUCCUGUCCUCAGCAGUGAUCACUCCAUCAGUAAUGGCAACAAAUUCAGCCGCUCUUCAGCCUGUCUUGAAUGGAUCCAUUCCAGAAUCAGCAGUUGAUUGCAAUAAUUCUGCAGCCAGUCUGGUGGAUUCUGUGCCUUCUAAUGACUCAUUGGUUCCUCUGCAAGAUAACUUGGCAAGCCCUAAAGAGAAAACUCCAAUGUGUCUAGUAAACGAGUUAGCCCGUUUCAGUAGACUCCAUCCUGUUUAUAAGUUUCUGAAUGAACAAGGACCUGCUCAUGCAAAGACAUUCACAGUGCAGCUGACUCUUGGAGAUCAGACGUGGGAAGCUGAAGGAAGCAGUAUUAAAAGGGCAUAUCAUUCUGUUGCAAGCAGAGCUCUGAGUGAAAGUACCCUCCCCAAACCAACACCUAGACCACCCAAAAACAAUGUUAAUAAUAAUCCAGGCAGUAUUACCCCGACAGUGGAGUUGAAUGGUCUUGUUAUGAAAAGAGGAGAGUCUGCCAUCUAUUGGCCACUAGAUCAAAAACCAGUUCCAAAUUACAACUUUCGAGGCAUGUACAAUCAGAGAUAUCACUGCCCAGUGCCUAAGACUUUCCAUGUCCAGUUGACUGUAGGUCAUCAUGAGUUUUUUGGAGAAGGGAGGACUCGCCAAGCUGCUAGACACAAUGCUGCUAUGAAGGCACUUCAGAUUCUUCAGAAUGAACCAAUUCCCCCCAAAUUACCUGAGAAUAAAGAGUCAGGUAAAGAAACAGAAGAGGAAAAAGAUGCAAACAAGUCAGAGAUCAGCACAGUGUUUGAAAUUGCAUUGAAGCGCAACAUGCCUGUUCGUUUUGAGGUAACAAAAGAAAGUGGGCCGCCACACAUGAAGAGUUUUGUUACUCAUGUGACAGUAGGAGAAUUCUCUGCUGAGGGUGAAGGAAACAGUAAAAAGCUGUCAAAGAAGCAUGCUGCAAUAGCAGUCCUGCAAGAACUUCAAAAACUUCCACCUCUUCCUGUGAUUGAAAAACCAAAACUUCAAUUUAGAAAACAUCCCAGAAUAACAUUAAAGACUGGAACAGAAUAUGGUCAGGGAAUUAACCCUAUAAGCCGCCUUUCCCAGAUUCAGCAAGCCAGACGAGAAAAGGAACCAGAGUAUCUUUUGCUUUCUGAAAAAGCAAUAUCUCGUUAUUGCCGGGAGUUUGUCAUGCAGGUCAAAGUGGGAAGCUAUAUCACAACAGGAACAGGCCCAAGCAAGAAAAUAGCCAAAAGAAAUGCGGCUGAAGUGAUGUUGCUACAGCUUGGCUAUAAAGUGUCUUCUCCACUUCAUGAGCAGUCAGAAAAGUCAGGAGAGAUCAAAAGUUGGAAUGGCCAAAAUGUUGGGUAUCCCGAACCAGCAAAUGACUCUGCAAAGGGAAUUCUUCAUCUGUCUCCUGAUGUUUAUCAAGAAAUGGAAUCCAGCCGUAACAAAGCAUUCCCUGGUACCCCCGUAAACUAUUUGUCAUCCAAGGAAAUGAGCCAAAUGCCUAGUUGUUUCUUCAGCAUGCCUCCUACCACUAAUAGUACAGCUGCAAUUGCCAGGGAACUGCUCAUGAAUGGAACAUCCCCAACUGCUCAAGCGAUAGGUCUAAAAGGAAUGUCACUCACCUCCCCUUGUUCAACAGUGCAACCUUCAAGGCAGCUGGAAUAUCUGGCAAGGAUCCAAGGCUUUCAGGUACAUUACAGUGACAGACAAAAUGGAAAAGAAUGCAUGACCUGUUUGACAUUGUCUCCUGUGCAGAUGACUGUCCAUGGUAUUGGAAGCACCACUGAAGACAGCCACGAUCAGGCAGCUUUAAGUGCCUUGAAACAGUUUUCAGAACAUGGACUGGAUCCAGUUGAAGGAACAUCGGAAGUUGAAAAUAGUUCAUUUGAAAAACAAGUCAAGCAUCUGGGGGAGAAUGCAGACAAUAAGCAGACUAACUCAGGCACCGUUGCUCAGGACUGCCAAGAUUCAAAGGCUAUCGUCUAGGACCUUCCCAGCACCCUCGGCUGCCACCGCGUCCUUAUAAACCUGUCAACACACAAUCCGGUGUAUAUGUACAAGGAAACAAAUGACUAAUGCCAUUAUUGUGAGUCUUAUGUGACGACAACACUAUUCUAACACGAGAGAUAGCAUAUGUGGUGCUGUUAAUUGAAUGAGGGGGAAAUAAAUAAAACACUAAUUGUUCCCUCUCCAAACCAACAAAAUCUACCAAUAAAUAAUUCAAACUGCUACAGAGAUAGCAAAUAGGCCAUCAAACCACCGGAAUUUUAAACAGUAAGUAAUUAACUGAAGACUUAGUGUGGAAGGAAAAGUUAAGUUUACAGUUGAUUAAUACUGUGGAGGAAAUGAAAUGUCAACAUUGGGUUAAAUUAUACGACUUUCUAGUAGUGUGGAAGAAAUUCAGCUCUCCUCUUUUUUUAAAAAAAUAUGCUUGAAUAUUUUAAAAUUAACCAAUGACAGUGCUGUGAGAGUUGUAGCUGUUGUCUUCACAUAUAAUCAUGCAGCUUCUGUUUUUAUGCUGACAUUAUGUGUUCCUCAUCCUCUUAAAGACUGUGUUAUAGCUGUAAAAUGCACUAUGCUGGGUUGUUCACAAACUGACGUCUAAAUCAUGACAUGUAUUCCCCUAGCUAUUGAUGACCAGUCUCGGUAUAUUUCCAAGAGAAAGCAGUGAUGGUAUUUGAUUUCCCUGGCCGAUGUUUGAGUGGUGCCUUGCCUCCAAGGGACACUUCCCCUUCUUUCAUUCUGUUCUCUGUUGUGUGACACACACAACCCAUUCUGUGUUUUGUAUUGACUCACCAUUUGCAUCAACGGAGUGUUUUUAAUUAACUUCAUUGUGACCAUGAAGAAUAGAAAAAUAUGGCUAGAAAGGAAGAUACGAAAUGAUGGCGUCAGUGUCUACAAAUACCAGCUGCAAUAGAAAUUGGAAUUUUCACUUGUAUUCUGUACCAGCAUAUUUCAAUUGAGUUGAACUGGUCAGUGCAGUAAAACCACAUCAGAUCAUGUA